AUGGAUAAUUGGAAUAAUAUUUUAAAAAGAAAUAGAGAAUAUAUCAAAGCUAAGAAUAAAAUAAAGACCCAAGUUGAAAAUAACAGAUUACAACAACUCGGAUUAACGGAAAAUCUACAAACUCUAUUUCAAUCCAUAUUAAAAUCUCAAGAGGAUAUUAAAAAGAGACUUAUCCCUCCUAUAGAACCCACACCUCCUAUAGAACCCACACUUCCUAUAGAACCUCAUCAAAUAGAAUAUCCCAUUGAUGGUAUUAUAAUUAGGUCAUUAUAUGAUAUAAAUCAUUAUUUUUCAAACCCAGAUUUACCAAAGACCAUUUCACCAAUUGUUGAUAAUGAUGGGUUAUUGUUUAAUGGAUAUAGAAUAAAAUUUGAUCAAUUUUACCCUUCAUUCAAAAUCGAUACAAUAGACUUUAUAUUUACAACAACAGAAGGAUUAAUAGAUUUAAUGAAUGGUGAGGAUAUUUAUAUUGCCGAUUAUAAGGAUUUAGUAGCAUACUCAAAAUUUUUACAUCUAAUUAAAAAUAGAGGACCCGACACAAAAAGAUUGAAAGAUGUUAAAAAAAUUAUAAAAGCAAUUGAACAUAAAGAUAAAUACGAAGUUGACGAAGUGGGUGAUUAUAAUGAAGACAAUCCACCAAUCAUACAAGAAAUAGAUGAAUUCGAAGAUAUGGUGGCAUCUGGACAAGGUAUGACCUUUUUAUCCGACAACAACGAAGAAUUGCUUAAUAGAUUACGAGUAAUAUUAGAAGGUCAUGGAUCGCACAGACAAUAUAAUGAAGUAAAUUGUAUACAAACGUCAGAUUAUUUACAGUCUUCCAACAUUUACUGUACCGAUAGGAUAUAG